AUGCGGGGAUGCUUGUGUUGUCUAUUGACUAUUGUGUAUAUCCGUAGUAAGUCAACAAACCCUAAUCCCAGCUCCUUGAGCUCGGAAGAAACUUUGGAUCCACGCUCUGUUGGCGGAAACUUUGUGAUCUGUGACCGUGUGGUUAAUCCAUGGCGCAGCCUAAAAAAUCAUCAUGAAAACCCUGAAGUGGAACUUCGUGUUAGUCUGACCAAUGUGUCGCCCUGGAUAACCACGGUUGGAGAUAGGGAUUUUCCAGCUACCGUGAAGCUCGGAAAUGGCAGGACUAUUACCGGGGUUUCGCUCUACAGGGGAAGGAUGAAGCUGUCAACAAACAAGCAAUACCCUGUUGUGUAUUUGGGAAGCAAUUCAACUAUUCAUAAUCCGAGCUCGCUCAGUUUGGAGGGGACGUUGGAUCGCCAAGUUGUGGCCGGAAAGAUUGUGAUUUGCGACCGUGGGAUUAGUCCUAGAGUGCAGAAGGGAGAAGUGGUGAAAAAAGCCGGAGGAGUUGGGAUGAUCUUGGCAAACAUAGCUGCAAACGGAGAGGAGCUUGUGGCGGAUUGCCACCUUGUUCCGGCGGUUGCUGUGGGAGAGAACGAAGCAAAGGGAAUCAAGCAUUAUGCUUCAACAAGCCCGAGAGCCACCGCAACUCUAACAUUUCUUGGAACUAGAGUUGGGGUUAGACCGUCGCCUGUGGUGGCAGCGUUUUCAUCCAGAGGGCCUAAUCUGGUAAGCCUUGAUAUUCUCAAGCCGGAUAUGGUGGCACCAGGAGUGAACAUCAUCGCCGCUUGGACAGGCGGAUUGGGCCCGUCCAGCUUGCCAGCAGAUCGUAGAAGGGUGAAGUUCAAUAUACUGUCCGGGACUUCAAUGUCCUGCCCCCAUGUGAGCGGCAUUGCCGCUCUACUCAAGGCAAGGCACCCGGAUUGGAGUCCGGCUGCAAUAAAGUCCGCCUUGAUGACAACCGCGUAUGUCCACGACAACACGCGAAAGCCUCUACAAGACUCCUCAGCAGCUUCAAUUUCAACCCCGUAUGAUCACGGUGCAGGGCACAUAAACCCGGUUAGGGCUCUUGACCUGGGAUUGAUUUACGACAUUGAGGCGCAGGACUAUCUUGAAUUCCUCUGCACACAAAGGCUAACACCAACCCAGCUCAAAGUUUUUACCAAGUACUCAAACAGAAGUUGCAAGAACAAUCUAGCCAGUCCCGGGGAGUUGAACUAUCCGGCACUUUCGGUUGUGUUCCCGGAGAGAACAAAUGUUUCUGUUUUGACACUUCACAGAACUGUCACUAACGUUGGCCCUGCGGUUUCGAAUUACCACGCCAUUGUUUCACCGUUCAAAGGUGCUUAUGUGAAAGUCGAGCCUCGGACGCUGAAAUUCACCAAAGCCAAUCAGAAGCUGUCAUACAAAAUCAUCUUCACUACGAAAUCCCGGCAGGCAGUCCCGGAGUUCGGAGGGUUGGUGUGGAAGGAUGGAGUGCAUAGGGUGAGAAGCCCCAUUGUUGUAGUGUGGCUGCCACCACUAUAAAUCCUGCACCGGAUUAAUUUCAAUGUGUGUUUUUAUUAAUGCUUUUUUGAAUAAACAAAUUUUCUGUAAUAGUUAGUAUCCUUCCUCUGCUUCUUGCUGUGAUCUUCUAGCUACUGUCAACCUUAGAACACGGGCGAAACAACGAUGUGCAGUGAAAACGUAGAUUAAGCAAGUUCAAAUCACAUUGAUGUUGUUAA